AAACGAUUCCCAAAUUCCUUCCCCAACUACGCCGCGACCCGCAAGCUAUAUUAUAUAAACUUUGCCGCUCCUCCUCCUCCGCCAAUUUCGCUGGGGCCAAUGAGCACCGCCGCGAGCUCCGCUACUCCGUCUGCGGUUCUCUUCCUCCACGGUCACCGGCGGCCGCGAACUCUGCUCCUCCUACAACGACGACGACCCACUCCUACCCCCUCCCUCUCUAUCUCCAUCUCCUCCUCCCUCUCCCGCCGCCGCGGCCGCGGCCGCGCCCGGGGCCGCCGCCGCCGCCCCCCAGACCCCCAAGGGAGCUCCAAACCCUCGCCUUCCGACCGAGAUCUCGAGCUGUCGAUCGACUUUGAUGCCGCCUCCGCCCGGGUCACGGCGGCCCUGACGCGCCUCCGCCGCUCAUCCGAGGCGAAGCUCCGCCUCUUCCUCUCCUCCGGCGCGGAGGCCUACCACGACCUCCUGACCUCUGUCCAGGUCGAUCGCGGCCACCACGUCGUGUUCUCCUGCCGCCAGUCUUCGCUUCUCUUCGUGGCGAAUCUGUUCAUCUGGAGCUUCGCGGCGGUUCUUGCAGCUAGGGUUUUAGGGAGGCUGGUAUCGGGGUUAGGAUUGGGGUUUCGGACCGGGUGGUGGUCCGGGGACGGGAUGGUGGUCCGGAGGGAUCGGAGCCUCGGCGGGAGGGAGGUUGUGGUUGGGAGGAUGAUUAAGGGGAGGGAAGUGGAGAAGAGUUCUAGGGUUUCAGGGAGCCCUCUUUCGCCUCCGAGAGGUGCUGAGGUCAACGUUGGGCGGAAUGCAUUGCGAAGACCUGUGCAGAAGCAAGAGAAGCUGCCUAAGUGGUGGCCGGAUUUGAUUUCCUCUCCGAUGGUUGUGGUAGGAAAGGAGGAGUUCCAAAGGGAAGCUAAUAGACUAGUCCGAGCAAUAAUGGAUAAUAGAAUGAGCGGGAAGGACUAUAAAGAUGAUGAUAUUAUUCAACUUCGUAAGAUAUGCAAGAUUUCUGGUGCAAAGGUCUCCUUUGAAACAGACUAUGCACGUGAUUCCUAUUAUCGGGCAUCAGUGGACUUUGUUCUGAGGACUUGCAGCAGAGUAAAAGCACCCUCUGACAAUGUUCAAAUCGAUGGUGAGGAGGCCAGGCAAUUCAUUUCUGGACUUGCUGAUAAUAUUGGACUUCAGAAUAUUCGUGCUGCUACACUUGUGCGUGCAGCUGUUGCAGCCCACACACGUUCAUGCUUUCUGCAGUGUUGGGCAUUGGAAAUCCAAGGGAAACAUUCUGAAGCAUUGGAGGAAGUAUCAAAGAUCUGUAGAAUUUAUCAGAUUUUCCCCCCCGAAGAACAUUCACCAGAAAUGGAGAUGGUGGCUAGUGGUCUCAAGAGGAAUUUACGAGUGGAACAAAGGGAACACUUGUUGACUAUGUACAGAGAAGUUUACGGUGCUGAAAAUCAGAACAUUGCAGCAGAAGCCCUAGCUCUGGGAUGCGAGGGACACCCAGCUGUGAAAUCCGAGGGUACUCCUGCAUCUGGACGUGAUAUACUGAUAUAAUAUUUGAGCUGUGGUUGGACUAUUCAACUAAUGCACAUAUGACUCCUACGCACUUUAAAGGUGAUUUACAGUCUUGCAGGUAACUCGGGAUUACAUGAUCAGUUAAACAGUAUGCUGAUCCCGUCCACCUCUUCCUCCAGUCGGCAGCAAAACAGUAUGCUGUGCCAUAUUUCUGACUCAUGUUUGAGAUUGCACUCAAAAUACAGACAGCCAACUAACCAAAUCCUUAAUACCUGAGAAUUUUAGUGGCCAAGUGAAAUGGAAGCGUUAAUCAUACAAUAUGAUUGGAGUAUCCAUAUGAAAUUACAAUUUCUAGAUAUUUUUUAUAUUUAGGUAUGACGGAUCAAUUCUAAGUGUUUAUUGGUAUUGUUCUUGGUAGCUAUAAUUAUUUUUUUAUGUAAUUUUAUUUUGUAUAAUCUAAGUUUAUCACUUCACUAUGAUAAACCUCAGUUUAAUAAAACUUGAUACCAUGUAGUUUUAUUGUACUCUAACUUUGAUUCUAUAUUAUUACAUCAUGAUGAUUAGAGUUGUUCCCAGUUUA